CGCCAUUUAGGAGAAAAAGAAGAAGAAGAAGUUGCACGAGAUUGUGGCUGUGUCUUGUAGUCCGCGUGUGGACAGCGCUUCACUACCCUGCUGCGGGAAUGGAGGGAUCCGGGGAAGAGUUCAUGAAGUACCGCUCACCGCUGGUGUCCCGGUACGCCAGCAAAGAGAUGGCCUUCAACUUCAGCGACAUGAAAAAAUUCACCACAUGGAGGAGACUGUGGCUUUACCUCGCUAAGGCCGAAAAGGAACUGGGUCUCCCCAUAACCGAUGCCCAGGUGAGCGAGAUGGAGUCUCACUUGGAGGACAUUGAUUUCAUCAUGGCUGCGGACGAGGAGAGGAAGUUGAGGCAUGAUGUCAUGGCUCAUGUGCACACGUUUGCUCACUGCUGUCCCACCGCUGCUCCCAUCAUCCACUUAGGCACAAAAUACUGUAAUGCCAAAAACAACACGGAUCUGAUCAUGCUGCGUGAUGGAUUUGAUAUCCUGCUACCCAAGCUGGCUCGUGUCAUAGACAGGCUUGCGAACUUUGCAGAGAAAUACGCUGGCCUGCCGACUUUAGGCUUCACCCAUUAUCAACCAGCUCAGCUGACUACAGUUGGGAAGCGUGCUUGUCUGUGGCUGCAGGAUCUGGUCAUGGACAUGCGUAAUCUUCAGCGUGCAAGAGAGGACCUGCGCUUCCGGGGCGUCAAAGGAACCACAGGCACUCAGGCCAGCUUCCUGCAGCUCUUCCAGGGGGAUCAUGAGAAGGUGGAGGAGUUGGAUAGGAAGGUCACUGAGAUGGCUGGUUUUAAAAAAUCAUACCUGGUGACGGGUCAGACGUACAGUCGUAAGGUGGAUAUCGACUCCCUCUGUGUGCUGGCCAGCCUCGCAGCCACAGUACAUAAGGUAGCAACAAACAUCAGCUGUUUGAUUAGAACUUUCUCCUUUUCUGAUCUGAAAGAGAUCGAGGAGCCGUUUGAGAAAGAGCAGAUUGGUUCCAGUGCCAUGCCGUACAAGAGAAACCCCAUGCGUGCGGAGCGCUGCUGCAGUCUUGCUCGGCACCUGAUGGCGCUGGUGUCAGACCCCCUGCAGACAGCAGCAGUGCAGUGGCUGGAAAGAACCCUGGACGACAGCGCUAACAGGAGGAUCUCAUUGCCUGAGUCCUUCCUCACAGCGGACAUCAUCCUCAGCACUCUGCAGAACAUCACUGAAGGACUGGUGGUGUAUCCUAAGGUGAUUGAGAGACAUAUCCGUCAUGAGCUGCCCUUCAUGGCUACUGAAAACAUCAUCAUGGCCAUGGUGAAGGCUGGAGGAAACAGACAGGACUGCCAUGAGAAGAUUCGGGUGCUGUCCCAGCAAGCUGCGGCUGUAGUCAAACAGGAAGGGGGGGAUAAUGACCUGCUGGCUCGGGUUCAGGCUGAUCCAUAUUUCGCCCCCAUCAUCGGACAGCUGGACUCCAUACUGGACCCCAAAACCUUCAUCGGCCGAGCCCCGCAACAGGUUACAAGGUUUUUGUCUGAGGAGGUCAGGCCUGUUCUAGAGCCAUACAAAAGUAAAAUGGAUGUCAAGAUUGAACUAGAGCUCUGAAACAAACACAUACAUGACACAUCAGAACAAUAAAUAAGGUGUUCAGUC